GGCUGAGAUGGCCGCCUGAACCCAUGGCCGUGGAGGGGUGUGAGGGGUUGGUGCGGGGCCAUGACUUCUUCGGGACGUGGGGAAUCGGGUGUGGGAUCCUUCCUGGAUCCUGCAAUCGGGUGACCUGUCAGCUGUUGAGGGAUACAGCAUAGCAAGGAGGGCAGGAAGGAGCCAGCCCUGCUGUUGCACUGUUUCUACCCCUGCAGAACCCCUGCAGUAGGAGUGAGACAGACAUCUGCUCAUGGGAGCUAUGAGCCGGGCAUAUCAGUGACCUGUAACACAGCAAUGGCAGGAGCUGAGUGCUCAUGGCUCUGUUCUGCAGUGCCCAUGUGACCGUGGUUCUGUUGGCAGCUGGAUGCAGAACAAAACACCCCCGCUGUCAUCUCGCCGAGCCAGUCACUGCUGACUCAACGACCAAACGAUCUUUAAACCGCUACAGAAAUAGCUAGGGAUGUUAUCUCCUGCCCGCAGCGUCUUGGUGGAGCGAGCCAAGGAGCAAGGCGGCUGCUGCUGGUGUCAGGCGGGCCUGGAGGCUCUAGAGCCUUGUUGCUUUAAUUCAAAGAGCCUGAAGGAAAGCACAGCCGUGCUGCCGCGGGUGCUGACCGUGCCCAGACCCGGCAGAGGGCGGAUGUGGGCGCCGGAUGCGGACCAGCCGGACGGCUCUCUGCCCUGUCUGGGAGACCCGCCUCCCAGCAGCUGAUAGGCUGCCUCAGAGCUCCGCCUCCCUUGAUUGGCCAGACCCCUCCCUCCCUGUGCAUGAUGGGAGUUGCUGUUUGUUCUUAUUGUUGAGGCUGGGGCUCGGUACGUUUGGAUCCUACAUUUCCCAUCAGCCUCUGCUGGGGAGAGGUAGGGAUGCAGGGAGGGAGGGGCUUGCUCAUCCGGGUCCUUUAGCGUCUGCGCUGCUCGCCCAAUCAGCACGCAGCGAGGGCGUGCUCUGGGCGCUGAUUGGUCCAUUCGGACAACACGAGCCCCGUUUGAAAUCCGCUAACGGCGGCGGGCAGAGGCCCCGCGCUCGGCGGCUGCGGCGCUGAGGGUUGUAACAGUGCAGGUGGAGGCCUCCCAAGGGCAGUGUGAAGAUGUCUCGCUCAGAAUCUCGCUACUCCUUCGAUGUCCCAAACCCCUGCAUCAACUUUGCAACUUUAAGCGAUGAUGAUGUACACAAUGCAGACUCCUGGUUUGACCAGCAAGCCAACCUGGAGAAUAUCCCUCCUGCAGAAAAUCUGGGAAAGGUCUUGCAGAACAGUCCUGCUUUUUCAAAGCCUGCUCUCAUUCUUUCUUCUCUCACGUCACAAGGAAUAACAAAGAGUGAAAACUGUGAAGAGGAUGGAGCAGAAGUAUCAGAGACUGAUGUGGUUCCUCAGGGUACUGUUGGAUCCCUGACAAGCUGGAGGGCUCCUGCUGAGGCCCCUCAAAGAGCGGGCAGAAGACCAGCUACAAAGCAAAGAAAAACACAGCAACGCAAACAGCCAGCUCGAGUGAAAGUGGAGAAAAAUGAUAUUGCAUUGGCUAACAAGGAAGAGGCUCCUCCCCUGAAAAAAAUGAGAAUCCGUAGUGUGCCAGGGAAAACUAAACAGUCUGUACCUGGGCCCAUGGUGAGUUCUGGCAGCAAGGAGAAGCUGAGGGAUGCAUCCCCAAAGAAAGAGCUUUUGCAUCAUCCUGACCUGUCCCCAGCAAGAGGGAAAAACAAACUGACUGUCCCCUCCACGCCAACAAUGUUAAAGAGGACCAAUACUGCUGGCAAGCUGAAGAGUACAGAGGAGCAGGAGUUGGAAAAGAUGCAGCAGCUGCAGCAGGAGGUCAUGGAGCUGCGAAAGAAGAAUGAGGAGUCCCUGAAGGCAGCUAUUGCUGGAACAGGACAACCUGUGAAGAGAGCUGUUGGUCAAGUAACGAAGCCAGUUGACUUCCAUUUCUGCACAGAGAAUAGAAUUAAACAACAUGUGGAAAGCCAGCCUGAGAAAGAGUACAAGGAAGUGGAUUUUGCAGCAGUACUGAGGAAGCAUCCUCCUUCUCCAAUGCGAAUGCCGAAGGGACCCACUGUCCCCAAACCUUUCAAUCUGUCCACGGGAAGCAAAAGAAAACUGGAAGAUACCUCAUCAGAGUAUGUGUCCCUUGCUCAGCAGGUUGAAGCAUUCCAGAAACGCACACCCUCUCGUUACCAUUUGAGGAGCAGGAAAUCUGAUGAAGGCCCAGCUCCAGCAAAGCCAGUGAAAGCUCGACUUACCAACCCUAAAACACCAGUGCUUCAAACAAAGCACCGCUUCAGACCUGUUGCCUGCAAGAGUGCAGCAGAAUUAGAAGCAGAGGAAAUUGAGAAAAUUCAGCAGUACAAAUUCAAAGCACGAGAGCUCGAUCACAAAAUUUUGGAUGGUGGGCCAAUCCUGCCCAAGAAACCCCCUGUGAAGGAACUCACACAGCCAAUUGGCUUUGAUUUGGAAAUAGAGAAAAGAAUUCAGGACCGUGAGAAUAAGAAACAGCAGGAAGAAGAGCACUUCAAAUUUCAUUCCAGGCCAUGUCCAACUAAAAUCCUGGAGGAUGUUGUGGGUGUUCCAGAGAAGAAAGUGCUUCCUGUUACCGUACCCAAGUCUCCAGUCUUUGCCUUGAAAAGCAGAACCCGAAUGACUAGCAGAGAUGAAGAAAAGGAAAAGGAGGUUGCCCCUGUGAUCAAAGCUCACCCUAUGCCACACUACGGAGUGCCUUUCAAACCUAAAAUGCCAGAACAGAGGCAUGUGGAAGUUUGCCCCUUCUCUUUUGAUUCCCGUGACAGAGAGCGGCUAAUACAAAAAGAGAAAAAAAUAGAAGAAUUGCAGAAGGAAGAGGUGCCAAAGUUCAAGGCGCUACCUCUACCUUAUUUUGACCACGUGAAGCUGCCAGAAAAGAAGGUCAAAACCCCAACUCAGCCUGAGCCAUUCAAUCUACAGAUUGAUGAACGGGGAGCUGCUAAGCAACAGAGCUGGAAACAGCAGCUUAAAGAAGACUUGAAAAAGCAGAAGGAGGCAGCAUGUUUUAAAGCUCGUCCCAAUGUAGUGGUGUACCAGGAGCCUUUUGUGCCUAAAAAGGAAAAUAAGUUGUUAUCAGAGAGCCUUUCUGGUUCUGUAGUUCCUGAAAGCUUUGAGCUGGCAACAGAAAAAAGAGCUAAAGAGCGACAGGAGUUUGAAAAACGAUUGGCAAACCUAGAAGCCAGAAGAGAGAAGCUUCAAGAACAAGUCAGACAGCAAGAAGAGGAACGUAAAAAGGAAGAAAUUGCUAAGCUAAGACAAGAACUGGUUCACAAGGCAAACCCAAUACGCAGAUACCGCAGCGUAGAAGUGAAGCCCAGUGAGCAGCCACUGACUAUGCCGAAAUCUCCAAACUUCUCGGACAGAUUCCGAUGCUAACAAGCAUCCAUGUGAUAGUAGGAGGAAAGCACAUCCUGCUCUGUGCCCUUGAUGUGCAGAGAAGGAGCAGUUGUUUGUAUGUGGUUCCCCUCAGUCUCAACACCUAUACUUGGCUCCGUUAUCGUUUGAGUGAUUUAACUCCAUUUGAGGCAGAUGGCAGAGGCACGGCGUACUGAGAGCCAUACAGUCUCCGUGGCCUCAUUUUUUACAUGUAGACAUCUUAGUCUCCAAAGACUAAACCAGGUUUUUAUAUUGUAUACAAACAUUGUGUACUUAAACUAAAUAAAAAAUCAUAAUUUGACUGCUGUUUCUUGCUAGCAGGCUCAGUCUCAUUCCAAGAGAGCUUUUCUUAAAGGACACUCUGAACCUGCAGGGAUGUGUGCAUCUGGAAGAGCUGCCUUGUCUUUGUACACCUAAGUAUUGAUUUCAGUUUGCUGUCUCUUAGGCUUUUACAAUAUAUUAAGUUUGAGUCGUGUUGAAUAAUACAAGACUUCCUCAAGCCAGCGUGUUGUAGGUCUGUCAUGAUGUUGAGAUGAAUGCUGAUAUUUGUCUUGUCUUGCUUUAAAGUAGUUCUCUGUGUGUGGUAGAGCAUUAAACCUUCUGCUGUUUUAUAACUGAAGUCAUUCUAUUUGGGGAACCAGUUAACUGGCAAAUGACUCUUGCUGUUUUGCUGCCUCUCUGGCUUGUGCCAGCACAGCUAUGUUGGCUAAAGAUGCAUUGUCUCCUGGCCAGUCUAGCACAGCCAGGAAAACUAAAUAUAGACCAAAUGGUCUAAGGUGCUAGAGGACAAAAAUUGCAGCAUUGUAAAGAGAUGAUCAAAUCCAGAUUAAGGGAUCAUUAUCAGUAAACUUUAGCAUCAUGAUGAAAUUUCAAGGCAUGUCAGGCUGCAGGCUUUUCCUUUCUCUUAAAUGAUAGGGGCAGGAAGUCCUACAAGAGCUAAACUGAAAGCUGAACAUUCACUGUACCUGGAGAUUCUUGUUUGGAUGUGGGUGUGUGUUCUCCUAAGUACUGUGCAGUUAGAAAGUGACUGAGGGACUUGAGAAGAGAUUUUUGUGUGGGUUGAAUGACACUGCCGCGUGGUCUGCAGAAUGCAAGAGGAACAUGUAAGUGUACUCUUCAUCACAUUUUCCUGAAAAUGCUCAGAUCUGCAUGGAUCUCCCUGACCAAAGGUGUGCAGACUUUUCUCAGUGUGCCAUAAGCUUACUGCUGUUGCAGUGGAGCUAUUCCAUCUGAGCUGCCAGACAGAGAAAUUGGGACUUUGAAUGUGCCACCAAGAAACUUCUCCAGCCUCCAGUGCCAGUUCCUGUGAAGCAGGCAGUGUGUGGGCUGCUGGAGCUGUAAAUAUUCGUGGCAAGGCAAGGGAAACCUGAAUGCUGAUGAGCUGUGGAAGAAUGUGAAGGCAAGCAGGAUAAUGAGGCUGCUGAGCUGCAGCAGACAUCAAUCCCUGAAUGAUGGAGCAACUGCGUUUCCGUGAUGGCCUUACAUGGCUUCUGCUUUGGACUUGAGAAAGGGUUCGUAUGCCCAACAGCUUGCCAUUUUUUUCCAUCUAUAUCACUGGGGCUAAUAAAAGAUAUUACCUCUUCCUGCA